CUUCAGGAGGAUUCGACGACUUGAACACUCUCUCUGAAAGUGUGUCGGCGGUUUGCAGUGAAGGAACAUAAUGAAUCUGCAGGAAUACUUCAGAAGGAUCGGGUUCGGCGGCGUGUACGAGAAACCCGACUUGGUCACGCUCCGCACCGUCCACGAGCUGCACGUGAUGAGCGUCCCCUUCGAGAACUUCAGCAUCCACUGCGGAGAGCGGAACACCAUGGACCUGCAGAUCAUUUAUGAGAAGAUUGUGAGAAACCGUCAUGGAGGAUGGUGCUGUGAAAACAAUUUGCUCUUCUCCUGGGUGCUGAGAGAGAUGGGCUACAAAUACACCAUGUUGGGUUCUAGAGAAUUCAACACCCUCAAAAAUGACUUCAGCCCCAUGGAUUCCCACCUCAUUAACAUGGUGGAGAUCGAAGGCAAGCCGUAUAUAGCUGAUGUGAGUUUUGGAGUGUCGUACCAGAUCUGGUACCCGUUAGAAAUGAUUGCAGGUAAAGAUCAACCACAGCCAUCAGGGAUCUUCCGCCUGCUGAACGACGGUGAGACUUGGAUGCUGGAGAAGACCGGAAGGAAGCCGUUGGUCCAGAACAAAGCCCUCGCCAAACCCAGCUUCAUCGACAAACGCCUGACGAAGCUGAUACACUCUUUUGUAUUAACGCCACGUGGGAUUGAUCAUUUUGUGAACACAAGCGAGUACCUGCAGACCAGCCCCGAGUCUCUGUUCACCCAGAAAUCCAUCUGUUCCCUCCAGACCCCAACUGGAUUCAGAUCUCUGAUUGGUUGGACCUACUGUGAAGUCACUUUUAACCCUGACGAAGACACGGACAUCAUCGACAUAAGAGUUUUAUCUGACAGUGAGAUAGAGACUAUACUAAAGGAAAAGUUCAACAUCGUUUUAGCUAAUAAACUAACGCCAAUUGACAACAAAGCUGCAUAAGAAGAAUAUGGUGUCUAUACAUUGUGCACAGUUUUAUAAACUAUCGCUAACAACCAAGAUCAUAACGUCAAACAAAUUCGAAACAUUCUAAACGAUCUAAUUAACCAUUGAGGGAUUUUGUGUACAGUAUGUGUGUAAACUGGAUGGAAGUGUGAUACAAAUUACAGCUCAUUAGUUUUUCUAAAAACCUAGAACCUCUAGACGUUUUUAGCGUCCUUUACGUGUACACCAGAUGACUUAAACAUUGACGCACAAAGGUCGCGGCGAUGCAGUACAAACCAAAUCUGCUUAAACAUUACACACGUUAGUGACUUAUUUUAUGCAAAUUCAAUGUCGAGUUACUGUAUACAGUAUCAUUAUCAUUUGGCCCAGAUUCAAUGUCAAUACACUUAGACUUUCAAAAUGUAAUCUCUCACAUGAUGUGUCAAGUGACAAAUAAAAGAAAAGGAUCGUGUGUGAAAUAAUCUCUACAUAGAGAUUUGACUCUUUAGAGCAAAUAACACCUAUGCAUUUUAUUUCAUGGCGCCUUUCAGAACACCCAAAGUCACCUUACAAGCAAUAUACAGGUCAUUACAUAAGACAAAACACAUAAACAAACAGCAUAUACAUAUAAAGUGCAUUUAAGUCUCAAUAAAACAUGUUAUAAGAAAGCCUGUAUAAAAAGAUAAGUCUUAAGACGCGUUUUAAAAGUCAACAAGCACUCGCUAUUGCGAACAUCGAGGGGAAGAGAAUUCCAUAGGCGGGGGGGAAACAUAACUAAAAGAUCUGACACCCAUAGUAGUAAGUUGAAUCCGAGGUACCACAAGAGAAAUUGAAGAUGAAGAUCUGAGUGCACGUGAAGGAGUGUAAACCUGGAGAAGUUGAGUAAGGUAUUGUGGUGCAAGAUUAUGAAGUGCCUUAUAAGUGAGUAGCAGGAUUUUAAACUGAACUCUAUAUUUUACUGGAAGCCAAUGCUGAAAAAGUUGAAAAAGAGGUAAUGGGACAGGAAAGGAACGGCGGUCGAAGAUCUACUUAUUCAGGAAACACUUCAACUAGUACUUUUCCAUAUAUAUAUUAAUUAAUGUAUCCAAUGAUAGAGAUUUAAGCACUUAUGUACGUCGCUCUGGAUAAGGGCGUCUGUCACAUGCUGUAAUUGUAAAUGAACGGAAACUUGUGAACAAAGAAUGUUGAAGUAGAAAUAAAAAAAUAAAGACAUCAAUAAUGGAUCAUA